AUGACGAUGGGGGAUGACGACUACACUGUAGACGACGCUCUUGUGACUCUGGGUUUUGGAAAAUUUCAAUUACUCGUUCUUGUUUAUGCUGGCAUUGGUUGGAUUUCAGAAGCUAUGGAAAUGAUGCUACUCUCUUUCGUUGGCCCCGCUGUUCAAUCUGCUUGGCAUCUUUCUUCUCAUCAAGAGAGCUUCAUUACGAGUGUUGUUUUUGCCGGCAUGUUAAUCGGUGCUUACUCCUGGGGCAUUGUUUCCGAUCAACAUGGAAGGAGGAAAGGCUUCCUUAUCACCGCAAUUGUUACUUCUACCUCCGGUUUUCUCAGUGCUUUUUCUCCUAACUAUUUCUCCUUGCUCCUCUUCCGUUCCCUCGUCGGUCUUGGUUUGGGAGGCGGCCCUGUCUUAUCCUCCUGGUUUCUAGAGUUCGUUCCUGCCCCCAAUAGAGGUACCUGGAUGGUUAUCUUUUCAGCUUUUUGGACUAUUGGUACCAUUUUUGAGGCAUCACUUGCGUGGAUUGUGAUGCCAAGACUGGGUUGGAGAUGGCUUCUUGCACUAUCUUCCCUUCCCACUUCCUUGCUUCUUCUGUUUUACAAAAUGACACCAGAGUCACCGAGAUACCUAUGCUUGAAAGGUAGAACAACUGAAGCAAUUAAUGUUUUGGAGACAAUAGCAAGACUAAAUGGUACAAAACUUCCUUCCGGUACCCUUAUUUCUGACAAUCAAAUUGAGCUACAAAAAAUUGACAACCCUUCAGAAGAAACAGUUUUACUCUCCCCAAGAAAAAAUGAUGAAGUUGAAACUCCUAAAGGAAUGGGUUCUAAUUUUGGUGGUAUCUCAUCACUUAAAGUGCUACUGUCACCCAAUUUAGCAAGGUCAACCCUUCUAUUAUGGGCAGUGUUUUUCGGUAAUGCUUUUUCAUAUUAUGGCCUUGUUUUGCUGACCUCUGAGUUGAACGCACGUAGUAAAUGUAUUCCAAAUAAAUUGCAGACAGAGAAGUCCCAGGAUAUUAGUUACAAAGGUGUUUUUAUUGCUAGUUUUGCAGAGCUACCUGGGCUCCUCUUGUCAGCCGUAGCAGUGGAUAAACUUGGUCGCAAGCUAUCAAUGUCAAUCAUGUUCUUCAUGUGUUGUAUUUUCCUUCUCCCAUUAACAUUCUAUCUGCCCGAAUACCUGACAACGAGCCUUUUAUUUGGAGCUCGCAUAUGCAUCACAGUAACCUUCACAGUUGUUUAUAUUUAUGCCCCAGAGAUAUAUCCUACAUCGGUAAGAACAACUGGCGUCGGAGUGGCAAGCUCAGUGGGUAGAAUUGGUGGGAUGUUAUGUCCAUUGGUAGCAGUGGGUUUAGUACAUGGAUGUCAUCAAACUAUAGCUGUCCUUCUGUUUGAAAUUGUAGCUCUUGUUUCAGGAAUAUGUGUCAUGUUCUUUCCGUUUGAGACCAUGGGCCAAGAACUGCAAGAUACCGUGUCAAGUGUAAAACAGACCGAUAACUCGCAGACAUUAUGA